ACUUUAGGAGACAGAAGAAGAGAAUGAGUGGAGAGGGAAAAGUAGUAUGUGUAACAGGAGGUUCAGGUUACAUAGCAUCAUGGCUGGUCAAGUUCUUACUCCAACAUGGAUAUACAGUGAAAGCCACUGUUCUUGACCUAAGCAGACACUCGAUCAUUGGGUCAAUGGCAGCUCUUCUAGCUGUUCAUGUUCCUGCCUAUAAGAAAAUGGUGUUGUGCGUUACUUUAGGAGACAGAAGAAGAGAAUGAGUAGAGAGGGAAAAGUAGUAUGUGUAACAGAAGGUUCAGGUUACAUAGCAUCAUGGCCGGUCAAGUUCUUACUCCAACAUGGAUAUACAGUGAAAGCCACUGUUCUUGACCUAAGCGAUCCAAAGAAAACCGAACACCUGCGAGCACUCGAUGGAGCUAAAGAGAGACUUUGCUUGUUCAAAGCAAAUUUACUGGAAGAAGGGUCGUUUGAUUCUGCUAUUGAUAAAUGUGAAGGUGUAUUUCAUCCAGCUUGCCCCCUAUUUUAUACAACUGAUCCCAAGGCAGAACUGAUUGAUCCUGCAGUGAAGGGAACACUAAACGUUCUCAGGUCAUGUGCAAAAGUCCCUUCUCUCAAGAGAGUGAUCAUAACAUCUUCAAUGGCAUCAGUUAUGUUCAAUGGAAAGCCUCUGACUCCUAAUGUGGUAAUUGAUGAGACUUGGUUUUCAGAUCCUGCCCAUUGUGAGUCAAUAAAGCAUUGGUAUCUGCAUGCAAAAACCAUAGCCGAAAAGGCUGCUUGGAAAUUUGCAAAAGAAAUUGGAAUUGACAUGGUCACAAUACAUCCAGGGUUUGUGAUAGGUCCUUUCUUACAGCCAACUCUAAAUGUCACUGUGGAGGUUAUUCUGAACUACAUAAAUGGAGAAACAUUUCCUAAUGAAAUUUACAGAUUUGUUGAUGUUAGAGAUGUUGCAUCUGCACAUAUUCAAGCUUUUGAACAACCUUCUGCUAAUGGCAGAUAUUGCUUAGUCGAAAGAGUUGUACAUUUCUCAGAGUUGUUGAAGAUCGUCCAUGAGCAAUACCCUACUCUGCAUCUUCCUGAGAAAUGUGAAGAUGGCAAGCCUUUCGCAUUGAAAUAUGAGAUUUCAAAGGAGAAAGCUAAGAGUUUAGGCAUCAACUUCAUUCCCUUGGAGAAAAUGAGUGGAGAAGGAAAGGUGGUCUGUGUGACAGGAGGGUCUGGUUACAUAGCAUCCUGGCUAAUCAAAUUCUUGCUUCAAAGAGGCUACACUGUCAAAGCCACUGUCCGUGACCCAAAUGAUCCGAAGAAAACUGCACACUUGCUUGCACUUGAGGGAGCCAAGGAAAGACUUCGCUUGCUCAAAGCUGAUUUAUUGGAAGAAGGAUCUUUUGAUGCUGCAGUUUAUGGGUGUGAAGCUGUUUUCCACACAGCCUCCCCUGUAUCCCUUCAAGCCAAUGCCGAUCCUCAGGUUGAACUAGUUGAUCCUGCAGUGAAGGGAACACUUAAUGUUCUUAGAUCUUGUGCAAAAGGGCCUUCUAUCAAGAGAGUGAUUGUAACAUCUUCAUUUGCUGCUGUUCCUUACAGUGGCAAUAAUCUGGCCCCUGAUGUAAUUGUUGAUGAGACUUGGUUUUCUAACCCAGCUGUUUGCGUGGAACGCAAGCUUUGGUAUCAACUUGGAAAAACAUUAGCCGAGCAGGCUGCUUGGGAAUUUGCAAAAGACAACAGGAUGGAUUUGGUUACAAUAAAUCCCGUGUUUGUUGUCGGUCCUCUUUUGCAGCCAACUAUUAAUCAUUCUGUGGAGAUGCUUUUGAACCUCAUAAAUGGAGCUCCAGAGUAUCCAGAUGCAUAUUACAGAUCUGUUGAUGUAAGAGAUGUUGCACAUGCACAUAUUCAGGCUUUGGAGAUUCCUUCAGCUAGUGGCCGAUAUUGUUUAAUUGAGAGAGAUCUUCACUUCUCUGAGGUUCUGAAGAUUGUGCAUCAACAUUAUCCUACAUUGCAACUUCCAGAAAAGAGUGGCCCUGGAUUGAAUUACUUGACAAAGUAUGGGAUAUCAAAGGAAAAAGCGAAAACUUUGGGUAUUGACUUCAUUCCUUUGGAGGUGAGUUUGAAGGACACUAUUGAAAGCUUGAAGGAGAACGGCUUCCUUAGCAUUUGAUUUUGGCUGUUGGAUGGAAAGCAAGGCAAAUAUUACAUAGGCCUUUCAGCUUCAUUGUCUUUAGCUCCCUACUGCAGCAAGAAAUUGUUGCUCUUCAAGAUUGUCUUCAUUUGAAAUAAGUGGACCAACACAUUUAUAAAUAAAUAGUAAUGUUUGUUUAUGUUGUGUAAAUUAAAUAAUAUUUCAUGUGUCACUUGUUUGACUGGUAGCUGAAGUUCAUUUUAAGUUAGUGAUUUUCUAUCAA